AUGUCUGGACGUGGAAAGGGAGGAAAAGGUCUUGGAAAGGGAGGCGCCAAGCGGCACCGCAAAGUGCUUCGCGAUAAUAUCCAGGGCAUCACCAAGCCUGCUAUCCGCCGCUUGGCUCGCCGCGGUGGCGUGAAGCGUAUUUCUGGCUUGAUCUACGAAGAGACCCGAGGCGUCCUCAAAGUCUUCCUGGAGAACGUGAUUCGCGAUGCUGUGACCUACACUGAGCAUGCCAAGAGGAAGACCGUGACUGCCAUGGACGUCGUCUACGCUCUGAAGCGCCAGGGCCGUACUCUGUACGGUUUUGGCGGCUAA